AUGAACGGCAGCGACGCCGACAUGAACGGCACCGAUAUCAAGAAGGCCGCCAUCAACAAGGCCAAGCAGGUCGCACAGGCCGCCAAUGGCAGCGGAGGCAAGAAGCGCCGGAAGGGCACCGACCUCAAGCCCAUCAUCACCACCGAGCAGCAAAAGCAGGAACAGAGUCCCGCCAGCUCCAACAACAGCUUCCAGUUCAGUGUGCAAAACACCGCAUCGCCGCUCCAGCACCACAAGGUCGCCUACACUUCACAGCUCAGCCGCUCGCCCUCGUCGACGUCGUCGUCGGACGCCGACCCUGCCGAGAACACGGCUGAUGAAGAGGACUCGGAGGACUACUGCAAGGGUGGCUACCACCCCGUCCAGGUUGGCGAGCAGUACAACAACAACCGUUACACCGUCGUGCGCAAGCUGGGCUGGGGCCAUUUUUCCACCGUCUGGCUGUCGCGCGAUAACAAUACCGGCAAGCAUGUGGCCCUGAAGGUGGUGCGCUCCGCCGCCCACUACACCGAGACCGCCCUCGACGAAAUCAAGCUGUUGAACAAGGUUGUCGACGCCAACAAGGAUCACCCCGGACGUGCGCAUGUGGUGAGCCUCCUGGACUCGUUCAACCACAAGGGCCCCAACGGCGUGCACGUCUGCAUGGUGUUUGAGGUGCUGGGUGAAAAUCUCCUGGGCCUGAUCAAGAGGUGGAACCACCGCGGUAUUCCCAUGCCGCUGGUAAAACAGAUCACUAAGCAGGUUUUGCUCGGCUUGGACUACCUGCAUCGCGAGUGCGGCAUCAUCCACACCGACCUGAAGCCGGAGAACGUCCUGAUCGAGAUUGGCGAUGUGGAGCAGAUUGUGAAGACCUAUGUUAACGAGGAUCCGAAGAAGAAAGACGAGAAGGACGACAACAGGAAUGGUAGAAGGCGGAGGAGAACUCUCAUCACCGGCAGCCAGCCUCUGCCCAGCCCACUCAACGCCAGCUUCAACCACACCGAUCUGACAAGCUUCCCGGGGACCAGUCUCAACAAGAUCGUCAAUGAGAACUCAGGUAACGAAUCCCCAAUCUCCGGCGAAAGCCCGCCUCCAAAAGACGAGGUCGUAAUGAGUGGCGCAAUAGGCACGGCUUCGACAUCGGCUGCAGGAAUGUCCAUGUUGGAGACGUUGGGUGUCAAGCAAGCUGGCGGCAGCGAGGACGACGUGCAGAAGGCGAGGGAGAAGACAGCGGAUCUUUUGACGAGGGAAGUGUCGGGCAUAAGCCUCGACAAAUCAAGUAAGCCAUCGACGGAGAACUUGAAACUGGAUGCAGGCCUCGAGAAGAUCUCGGUCAAGAUCGCCGACCUUGGCAACGCGUGCUGGGUUGGCCAUCACUUCACAAACGACAUUCAGACCAGGCAAUACCGUUCGCCAGAGGUGAUUCUCGGGUCCAAAUGGGGAGCGAGUACGGACGUGUGGAGCAUGGCUGCCAUGGUUUUUGAACUCAUCACGGGCGACUACCUCUUCGAUCCUCAAUCGGGCACCAAGUACGGCAAAGACGACGACCACAUUGCACAGAUCAUCGAACUCCUCGGCACGUUCCCCAAGUCACUCUGCCAGUCGGGCAAAUGGUCGCAAGAGAUAUUCAACCGUCGUGGCGAAUUGCGAAACAUCCACCGUCUGCGUCAUUGGGCGCUUCCAGACGUUCUCCGGGAGAAGUAUCACUUUAGCGUUGAGGAUUCCAAGAAGAUUGCGGACUUCCUGCUGCCGAUGCUGGAGCUGCUUCCGGUUGAGAGGGCCAAUGCGGGCGGUAUGACCAACCAUGGCUUCCUCGAUGACACCAAGGGCAUGGAAAGCAUCAAGCUUGAGAUUCCGCUAGGCAGCAAGGGUGACGGUAUAGAGGGGUGGGCUAGCGAAGUCAAGAAGCCUCGGUAG